AAUGAGUAAUAGUUAAUACUUAAAUUAAUUAAUAGUCUAAUAACUGGUGACUGGUCUAAUACUUAUACUACUAACUUAGUCUUAGUAACUAGUAGUACUGUUAGAUCUAGAUUAUUCUAGAUCUAGAUUUUAGAUCUGAAUCUGAUAGUUCAUAAGCUGAUGAACCUGCCACGACCCUCCUAAAAACUAGACGUAUUAGCCUUAGCGCAAAGACCGCAAAGAAUACAUCUAGAUUUCUAGAUUCUGGCCUGUUUCAACAAAUUUGAAAAAUGCAGAGAUACAUACUAAAACAGUAACAUAUAUUCCUUCCAAUAAGAUUAUAAGUCUAGAUUAGUCUAUAUCUACUAAUCUACAUCAGCCAAUGUGGUAUAUAUAGGUGUCAACAUGAGCUUACUCGAUUCUGAGUCAACUGAGCUUUACUCUACUAGAUCUGAUAAUCUUGUUGAUGCAAUAAAGAGUUAUGCAGUCUACAUAAUAAAAAUAAACACUCCAGUACGCAGGGCAUCCAUUUUUACAAAAUGGAAACCAGUUUCUAACUAUGAAAUUGAUACAUUUCUGGCCACGACUACAAUGAUGGGAUUAGACUUGUCGUUACGUCCCACACAUCCAUAUGGAUUAAUUUUAUUGCCACAGUUAAAACAUGGAAGUUGUUUUUUGUUCAGGCAAAUAUUAUAUAAAUAGCAAUGAAUUACUUUUUGAAAGAUAUCAUGUGCAGUGUAAUUAUUUUCUUACUGAAACUUAAUGUUGCAAGUUGUUUGUUUUUUUCUCAUAAAUUUUCUAUGGUGGUGACCUUGGAUAAUGUGCUCCAGUUUUGUACUCCAUGAGUUUUUUAUUGUUUUAGUGGUUCAAUUUCAUGAAAAUAUGAAUAAGGAUUAUAAAACAAUAGCAUUUAAUUCAGUUUGGAAUAGAAAUGAUCUUCUUAUGUGACUUGGAUUAAAUUUUUUGUCGUCCAAUGAUAGACUUACAAUAUCAGGCUUUAAGCACCUAGCUGGAUAAAAGAAGUAACAGAAAUGGGCCUGUCUUUCUAAAAUGAGUUUAGAGAGAAAAGUAUUUUAUCAGCAACUAUAUACCAGCUAGACCAAACUUUUUUUGUCAUUAGACCAAAGAUGGCCCACAUUUAAUUAUUUAUAAGAAAUGCCCAAGAUGAAAGAUGUCUUAAGGACAAUUUAUUUUUCAAACCUGAAACCUAAAAACCAAAAUAUAAAUACUCGGAAUCAGGUAUUUACUAUCCACCUCUUGUGAAAACAUUGGCUACUGUCAAGGCUUACAUUGAAUCUCUACCACUUUUAGAUGAGCCAGAAAUGUUUGGGCUCCAUGAGAAUGCAAACAUAGCCUUUCAGUUGAAUGAAACCAAUGCUUUACUUGGUCUUAUGGUGUUGUCUUAUGGGAACUGUUGACAGAAGAAGUACCCUACAAAGAUGUGGAUUCUUCUGCUAUCAUCUGGGGAGUGGGAAGCAAUAUCCUUCACCUUCCUGUUCCAGGCACUUGCCCAGAGGGCUUUAAAUUGCUGAUGAGGCAGUGCUGGUAUUUUAUGCCUCAUGGUAUUACAGCGGACCAUCCAGGAAAUAUUUGGUUAACAGAUGUAGCAAUGCAUCAGGUUUUUAAAAUACCACCAGGUCAGACUGUACAAAAAAUGACACUAGGACAGAAGUUCCAACAUGGUGAAGAUACAAAUCUUUUUUGUAAACCUACUGAUGUAGCUGUUCUUAUGUCUGGAGAGUUUUUUGUAUCUGAUGGGUACUGUAAUAGCAGAGUUCUGAAAUUUUCCAAAGAUGGAACUUUUUUGAUGUCCUUUGGGAAAAGGAAUGUUCAGUUUGGUGCAGGAGGUUUACUGUAUGCUGUGAAUGGUCCUGCUUUUGAUGGCCCCAUUGAUACAACUGUCCAGGGUUUCACAUCAGACAUAAAUACUGGAGAUUUGUUGGAAAUGUGGAAUGUGCCAGAUAACAUGCAAAACCCACAUUAUGUAGCAGCAGAUACAGUAACACAUAGCAUCUAUGUAGGGGAAUUGGACCCUGAAAGUGUUUGGAAGUUUAGCAGACCUGUUACAGUACAGUCAAGUUCACAGCAUAACAAAGUUGAGGAAAGUACUCAGAGCCAGUUACUGUCAGCAAUCCAUUGGACCAGAGUGAAACCAAUACCACAGAGUUGUCUGAGGCUAUCAAAUAUAGCAGUGAUGUCUCUCCCUCUGUCAUCAAUUGGCAUCUUACUUGUGGAAAAUUUAAAUGUUAUGGACAUGGAAAGAAGGGAAAGGUUUUUAACCUUAAAGGCUUUACUUGGAAUUCUCAUAAAGGCUUUGAUAGACUUAGUACUGAGGAAAGUGAUCAUGAGGUUGACCCAGAUGAUUUAGAUGAUAAAGACUAUUUGACACCUCCCAAGACGAAUAAAGCAUAGCCUCAAGUUCAAGGCUGACUAAAUUGUGUAAAUUAAUCUUUUUUUUUCUUUGUUAUUAGUUGGUCAUAUCAUAAUAUUCUGCCAUUACAGUCAGGGUUUAAACUUGUUUACAUGUUGAAUCUGAUACCAACUAAAUCUCAUAAACACAUAAUUAACCAUAGACCCACCUCAUGUAAAAAAAAAUGUUUUGUAAAAUGUUUUACAUAUUUCGGAUGUUCCUUCAGAGUUGAAGAUAGUUUACUUCUUAGUCCAAAUCUCCCGCAGGACGACGGGGGAUGAGAGCGGGCAGGGUUUGAACCUGGGACCAUCGAUAAAUCCAAACGACAGUCCAGCGUGCAAACCGCACGACCAGGCAGCCAUAUUACAUGUUAUUAGUUGUAAGUUGUAUUACAAUAACUAAGUGAUUUUGAGCUCAUAAACUUUCAAAAUAAAAUUAUAAAAUGCUUUUGUCAUUCUAAAAAAGAAAAAAAGAUUACUAUGUUGGAUUUUUUUUGGAUAGCAAAGGCUAUUUGACCUUUUUAUUUCAAUAUGUGAUAUAAAAAAUUUUAAUUCAUUAAUUUGUUUAAUAUUUGUCGAAAGUUUGCUUUUGAAUAAAAUAUUUAUCAGCAUUAUUAUCAUUUAAUAAGUAUAUUUUGUUCUUUAAUUUUAUGAAUGAUUUGAUGUUAUAAUGCCAGGUCAUUUACAAAGCACACGCCUGCCAACUUUCUUUUUGCAAUGAUUCUCAAAACUUAAUUAGCUACCAAAUGAUUGUUUGCUCACUUGGUUGUGAUGAUUCAACAUUCCUGUUAUGUUCCACCAUUUCCUUCUUCAAUUCUAAAGCUGGCUAUAUUUCAUCUAGUGAACGUACCAUUAGUGUUAGUGACCCUGGCAAACUAGCCAUUUUAUGCACAAUUUUAAAAUGUUCAUAUGGAUAAUAUGGGUAGUUUUUUUAUAGCAUUUUUGACUACAUGGAGUUCCAGACAACUUUCCAUGUUGCUGGUCCCUUUCUCAUGUCAUUAUUAAAUCUUAUUUAAAAAACAAAAAAAAACUUGUUAGAUGGUAACAUUGUCCAAAUUGUUACUAGUUUUAUGUAAUGUGUUUGAAAACUAUGACUUCCUUAGAUUGACUACUAGACUCUCAUUCAUGUAUUGCAUUUCUUUAUUUUAAAAUCUUGUUAAGGUUUGUUUAAAAUCUCUCGACACUCAACUUUUUAUGCCAUAUUACAAUGUUUAUUUGUUAAUUCAAUUGUUUAGUCAAAUGUUUGUUUUCCAAAGUGUUACUAUUUGGUGCAAUCAAAAUAUUUAGUGGCAUUUUACAUACAAACACUGGUAGUUGAAAUCAGUAGCACAUUUUAGCUAAUUUCUGAUGAAUCAAAAUAAAAAUGUCAUGAUAUAAAAAUAAUUUUAAAUUUAAAAACCUAAAUGAAAAAAAAUGUAUUUUUUUGUAAAUAUAGUUACAGUUAUAUUGAAUAGAAUUAUUUAUGUUAGCAACUUUUGAAUGCAUCACAUAAUUUUAAUUUGACACAGAAACUGAAAAUCAUUUCAAUUAAAGAUUGUUGACUGUUGUUUCACCUCAGAUGAAUUGAUUACAUUUUAAGAGGUUAUCAUAUAUUUAUAUUUAUGACAUACAAUCUUUUGGCUAUGUUAUGAGUUGUUUUUGUUUUUAUUUUCUACAUGUUCAGGGUAUAAAGUUCUAGUGCAUACAUACGUAGAUUUCAACCCACAUUUUUUUUAGUUCUUACUUUAUAUACAUGUACUAAGAACUAAUAUGAAAUUAUAACUUAAUCAUUUUUUGUGUGAUUUUUAUGUAUUUGAACCAAUUUUUAUUUUAAAUUAGCACAAGUUAAAUCUGUUGAUCAGAAUUUUUUUCCUUGGUAAUAGUUAUAUUUAUACUCAAACCCAUUUGAUGUUACUUCUGCAAAGAUUUAUAGACACUCAGAGGAAAUGAUAUUAGCAUGGUAGACACAGUUAAACUUUUAAGGCAGAGUUUUGGAAUUAAAACUAAAAUUUUAAAAUAAAUAAAAAACAUUGAUAAACAAGCUGUUUACUGCUAGUUUAGUGCAUCAAUCCAUUGUCUGCUUUUGAUUUAGUCUUUGGUUCUUGAUUUCUAUGCUGCACUGUGUCAAUAACUUUACUUUUUUAAAGCAGUAUCUAUCUCUUUCAAAUACUAUUUGCUUAUACUAAUCAGAAUGUAAGAUUUAAUGGGUUUGAUAUUUGUUUCAACUGGUGAUGGUCCCCCUAAAGUAUUGUAUUAGUACUUCAAAACUUACUUAUGUACAGAUUCAUUAAUUAAUUAUAUUUUUUAGGCUGUUGAAGGUUUAUCAAUUGAUUUUUUUUUUCUGGUGGAGACAUUUAACCAUUUUGUUUUUGCCACAAAAAAAAAUUUAACUUGUCUGUUGUGAAAAAUGAAAUCAAAAGUGAAUGAUCACCUAGUCUUUGAAAGUUCAAAAUAUUUGUACUACUUUAUUGAUGUCAUGUACUCACAUAAUAUUUGUGUGUUAGUGUUUGUCUUAACAUGUUGAUGUUGUUUUGUGAUAUCAACAUUGUCUCUUGUUGGUGGGGUAUGCAAGACAUUGGUUCUAUGCUGUUGGUAAAAAUUUCUCAUCCUUCAUUGACUUCCAUUGUACUCCACCUUGCACUUAGAGUGUUUUAUGGAGUGCUAGAAAUCUAAAAAGUAUCCCAGUUAUAAUAGAAGAUUUUUAAAACUUACCACAUUUAGAGCAUUUCAUUUUUACUUUGCUCUUUUUUUUAUUGUGUAUGUUCUUAAUUGUAAUCAACAUCUGACAGUGCUACAUAAUGUUUUAUUUAAUGACUGAGCAUAAUGCUUAAUUUGAUUUUAAUGUGGCUAAGAUUCAAGAAACAUGUUUAUAAGUUCAUUGCUAAAAACACCUGGUGCAGAGUCAAUGACUUUCAAAAUAGGGAUGUCAUUUGUUUCUCAAAUGUUAGUAGCAUAGAAAACAUGGACUGUGUGGUCUAUUUAUCUUAAUGUGUGUUUGAUGUAUUGUAAGUGAUCAUAUGUAACAGUUAUGGGUAUAGAGAAUAAAAUACAAAAUAUUUAA